CACAAUUUUUAAGCCCACCUAUUCGUAGAACCUGGGAUAGAACCCCACAGUAAAUAAAUGUAGCAUUGAGUUGACUUGAACGCAGGACCCCAUCUUCAGUUUGUGGCCAAGAGCUGCCCCUAGUCACAUGCUCAGUCAUACGUGCAGCACUUUGAGAAUAUUUCUUCCCCUCAAAACCAGACAAGUCAUUUUAAGCUUAAAGACACAUCUUGAUUUGUGAUGGAUGACUCUCUAAUAUACAGCUGGGUAAAACGGAGGUUGUGUAUGUCCACUCCUGGACUAAUUUAAUUGCCUUAUUGUGAGAUGACAAGUGAGUCAAGAGGUGCCUGUUUUUUCCCUUCCGUGAGAACUGUUUCGUUUGGUUGCUUACUUUUUUUUUUUUUUUUUUUUUUUUUUUGCCACCGUGCUCAUUUUCAUCCCCUUCAAUAGGUAUUUAGCACCCAUAGUGUAUAGUUGAAGUACUAUUUAUAUAAUUUCCUCCGUAGGCUUAAUCAUGAACGCAAGGCUCUGAAACCACCCUGCUCUUCUAUUCUAAAUUAAACAUUUCUGUCAACAAAUGCGCAAAGUACAAAAUGUUUCCGUCCUCCUUCCACAUCAAAAUUACCUCCUACAGGAACUAGAAAAUUGUGUCAAUGUGAAUUAGCAUCUCCAACAGCUACUUGCCAGGCGCUCCGGGUCAUGCAUACAAAGGGUGAGAGAGGGGCAUAGGGGUGCUGCGAGGCUUCCUGCCCCACCUGGCUGGGCGAUGCCCCCUGAGCCGCCAGCCGAGGCGAGCGGGCCAGAAGCUGGAGGAACGCGGCUCCGGGGCUGUUUGAAUGCCACCGACGUUGCCAUCCUACUCAAACGAGUCGGGGAGAGAGCAGCGGAGUGCGUGCGCGAGCUGAGUGAGUGCUUACGUCGCAGGGAGAUCGAAGCUGGGAUAAUGAGAGAGGAGUUGGGCUGAGCGGAGUCUUUUAGCAGCGACAGCUGAGCUGCAGCCGCAGCCGCCCCGAGGGGCGCGCUCGCCAGCGAACAACCCGGCGCGCACCGGGAGGGGCCCGCGUCCGGCACCAGCCACCCCGCGGCGCCCAGGCCGCAGCAGCUCCGGACCUACAUAAGCGGCAGCCGCCCUCGUGGCCUGCUCCCUCCGGGCGGAGGAGUUCUGCACCCCCACUCCUCGUCUCCGCGGCGGGACUGGCCUGGCCGGACGACGACCUGUGACAGCGUUGGCUCUGCUUCUGCGCCCCCCGCCCUUCUCGAGGGCCAGCGGCGGGCUGCUGGCGGACGAUGUGGCCGUGGCCGCUCCUCAGCUCGUCUUCCGCCCGGGUUCCCGCUGUCACCCCUCUUCUCAGCCCGCUCCAUCCCACCGAGAGGAGUUGAUGCAGCUGUAGCUGCCUUCGCCGCCCAAGCCGCGGCUGAUGGAUGCCAGGGAGUGCCGCAUUGCUUAGCGUCCCCGCCUCCGAGUCUGCUGGUAGGAGCCGGCUGCUCUUUCUUCUCUCUUGCUUUGGGGUUUUAUAGAAAAGGCGCAGCCUCCAGCGGGGACCGCAGAAGCAUCACAGUGCAGGGGUGAGAUGUGCGUGGGGGUUGUUUUUGUUACAUCUUGGAAGAGAAGAGGACUGUACCAGGAUCAGCAUCAUCGGAACUGGGUGGGAUUCAGAGUGUUUUGUUAGAAGAGAGGAAGGACAAGAAGUGGAGGGCUGGACCCACCCGUCAGAGGUGUCAGGUCCACAUCCCUUCGAAGGAAGAGGGAGCCACCUCUGGAUAUUGGUUUUUUAGGGACCGGUGAAAGAAGUUUACAUUCUUCAUAGGAAAUCUGUGGGGAAGCAGGAGCAACAGGGUACUUGAUUGGACACCCAGAGAAAUCUUUUCCUGUGAAGAGGAGGAAGCAGGCAGCAGCUGGAGUGUGUUGGUGGCAAGGACCAGAUUUGUUGUGGGACACUCAGCAAGAGGAAGGGAAGCCUGAGGAGCCAGAGAACAAUGACUCAUUUACAAGCUGGUCUCUCUCCUGAGACCCUGGAAAAAGCUCGUUUGGAGCUCAAUGAGAACCCAGACACCCUACACCAGGACAUCCAGGAGGUGAGAGAUAUGGUCAUCACCAGGCCGGACAUUGGCUUUCUGCGCACGGACGACGCCUUCAUCUUACGCUUUUUGCGGGCCAGGAAGUUUCAUCACUUUGAGGCCUUCCGUCUCUUGGCCCAAUACUUUGAGUACAGGCAGCAGAACCUGGACAUGUUCAAAAGCUUCAAGGCCACUGAUCCUGGCAUUAAACAGGCUCUGAAAGAUGGCUUUCCUGGGGGUCUGGCCAAUCUGGACCACUAUGGCAGGAAGAUUUUAGUACUUUUCGCUGCCAACUGGGAUCAGAGCAGGUACACACUGGUGGAUAUUUUGCGUGCCAUCUUACUUUCUUUAGAAGCCAUGAUUGAAGAUCCUGAGCUUCAAGUGAAUGGAUUUGUUUUGAUCAUAGACUGGAGUAACUUCACCUUCAAGCAAGCCUCUAAACUUACACCAAGCAUGCUUCGACUGGCUAUUGAAGGCCUUCAGGAUAGCUUCCCAGCACGAUUUGGAGGGAUUCAUUUUGUCAAUCAGCCAUGGUAUAUCCAUGCCUUAUAUACUGUGAUUCGGCCUUUCCUAAAGGAGAAGACUAGGAAAAGGAUAUUUUUGCAUGGAAAUAAUCUGAACAGUCUACACCAACUAAUUCAUCCUGAAAUCUUGCCCUCUGAAUUUGGGGGAAUGCUACCCCCUUAUGACAUGGGAACAUGGGCCAGAACACUGCUAGACCACGAAUAUGAUGAUGACAGUGAGUACAAUGUGGACUCCUACAGCAUGCCUGUGAAGGAAGUAGAAAAGGAACUGUCCCCCAAGUCCAUGAAGAGAUCCCAAUCAGUAGUGGAUCCUACAGUACUAAAACGCAUGGAUAAAAAUGAGGAAGAAAACAUGCAACCUUUGCUCUCUCUGGACUGAUAACUUCUCCCCAUGGAUUAGAAAUGGAAGGCAGGACCACAAGCUGUGAUUUUCAUGGGCAGAAAUGGAUAUAUUCUAUGUACCACACUUUGAAGGGAGCUCUUACCAUUGUGGUUCUACAGGUUCUAAUUUACAAAAUAUUAAAAAGGUUGAUUUCCUGUUGUUAUGUGAAAUGUAAUGACAAGAUUGCCUUUUAUACAGUGGUCAUAUUAUAAAGCAACUUGAGAAAUUCAGCAUUGAAAAGUCUCCAAGUAUAAGCAGAGGUGAGGACACCACAAAUAUUGAUUACAAUUCACCCAAGAAGAACCAUGAAUAAAAAGUUUUCUUCGCAUUUAAAGGAAAAAAUCAGCAAAUGACUUCUCCCUUAAGAAAACAAGGAACGUGUCUACAUCUGUUUAUGCAGCAAAUCACUAAAGAAUUCUGGACGCUGUGCUAAUUAAUGAAGCCUCCUUUCACAUAUUGAUUUUUACAAAGGAACGUUUCUGGUUCAACAAUUGAUUUAUUAAAUUUAUGAAGGAAAAAGCUUAAUCUAUUAUAGUCAUAAUAAAGUAUCCUGCUUCUAAACUCAGAGUGUACACACCUUUCAGGUUGCUAAUUUUUGUGCAUGGUUUGUUUAUGAAAUAAAUUAUAUACAGAUGGCCUUACUUAGGAUGUGUUGAUUUACAAUUUUUGAAGUUCACAAUGGUAACAAGGUGGUUGAUGCAUGUUCAGCAGAAAUAGUGCUUUGAAUUGUGAAAUUUGAUCUUUUCUGGCUAUAUGCAGUGCAACAUUUUCUGGUGUGCUGGACAGUGCUACGAGCUGCUGCUCCUAGUCGGGCAUCUGUUGUGCUGAGCAAAUCUAAGGUAGGUCUGACUAAGACAGGAUGUUUGUAGAUUAAGGGUAGUCUAUGUGUUUUUGGUACAAGAUCUUUUCAAUUACGAUGGAUUUUUAUAAGCAUAAUGCCAUCUUAAGUCAAAGACAGCCUGUAUAGAUUUCCACCAGUCUAAUAAAAAAGCAUUUUCGCACAAUG